UCCAAUGUAAGACCGAGUUUUGCAGGCACAGCAUCAUGUCCUUGCCUCCUACCUUCACUUCUUCACAGAAAAUGUUUGAAUCUUUCACUGUAGUUCUGUUGUUCUUAGCCCUUAGCUAUGGAAUCAACAGGGUCACAGCAAGUGGUGAUGGAGAUUUUUUCAAUGAUUGCACUCCAUCAAAGUGUAGUGAGCGCAACCCAGAGAUCCGCUUUCCAUUCCGCGAUGCAACCAGCCACCCAUCCUGUGGAGUACCAGGGAUGGAGCUAUCAUGCUCCAAGGAAGCAGAUACCAUCCUACUUCACCCAAUUAUUGGAUUAUGCAAGGUAACUGCAAUCGCAUACAGCUAUGGUACCCUAAAUAUCAUCCCGCUAGACGAAUCAUGGACUCGGUGCCCGCUUCAGAAGAUCUCCACCACCAAUUUAUCCACUAGUGUAUACAUACCUUAUGCACAUGGAACUGCAACCCUGCUAGGCUGUUCAAGAGAGUUGAUAACAAAAGAGAAAGCCAGUUCUACAAUGGGUAGGGGGGCCACUAUUGUAGGCCCAAUCUCUUGCCUGAGCAACACAAGCAGGUUACUAUAUUUGAUGGAUGGUUUUGCAUCCAUGUCUCUUCUUCCCUUAGGAUGUACAGUGGUUUCAAACAACAUUUCAUUGCCGUUGGAUUAUGGUAGCAGUUCUGAUAUGUCGUUUGCCCCAAGGGCCAAAAGGGUCAUCGAAUUUGCUGAGACAACAUUGACUUGGUCGAUUCCUAACGUAACCGGCAUUUGCAAAGACUGCGAGCAAAAAAGGCGUCCCUGCGGAUUCAGCUCACAACGCAGGCAAGCAUUCUGCAAGCACCAUGGUUCACGUGUCAAAGUCAUUGCAGCAACAUCAUCGGUAGCCACAUUUGUGGUUCUCUUGUUGACGGCAGCCACAGCACUAUAUCGAUCCCUAAAAUCAAAGGUUGAUGAAGAGGUACGUUUGAAGAUCGAAAUGUUUCUCAGGGCAUAUGGCACAUCAAAACCAACGAGGUACACAUUCUCUGAAGUUAAAAAAGCAACAAGACGGUUCAAAGAUAAACUGGGCCAGGGUGGAUUUGGAAGCGUAUACAAAGGUCAGCUGACAAAUGGAGUACCUGUGGCAGUAAAGAUGCUGGAGAACUUAAAGGGUGAUGGACAAGAGUUCAUAAAUGAAGUUUCGACCAUUGGUAGAAUACACCAUGCUAAUGUAGUCCGUCUAUUGGGAUUUUGCUCUGAAGGAACAAGGCGCGCUCUUAUUUAUCAAUUCAUGCCCAAGGGAUCACUCGACAGUUAUAUAUUCGCACAUGAAUCAGAUAUAUGUCGAGAACUAUUAACACCUAGCAAAAUGCUAGAAAUAGCAUCAGGCAUUGCCAGAGGAAUCGAAUACCUGCAUCAAGGGUGCAAUCAGCGCAUCCUCCAUUUUGACAUCAAGCCUCACAACAUAUUGCUAGAUCACAGCUUCACUCCAAAGAUUUCAGACUUUGGGCUGGCAAAGCUGUGUGCAAGGGAGCAUAGCAUCGUCACACUGACUGCAGCAAGAGGAACAAUGGGAUACAUUGCGCCAGAACUGUAUUCUCGGAACUUUGGAAGAAUAUCCAGCAAGUCCGAUGUUUACAGCUUUGGCAUGCUGGUGUUGGAAAUGGUGAGUGGGAGGAGGAACUCAGAUCCAUGGAUUGAGAACCAAAACGAGGUUUACAUCCCAGAGUGGAUAUAUGAGAAAAUAAACAUGGAGCAGGACCUGGAGUCAACAAGGGAAAUGGCGCAAGAUGAGAAGGAGGUAGUAAGAAAGCUGGCCAUCGUGGCUCUAUGGUGUAUUCAGUGGAACCCCAAAAAUCGCCCACCUAUGCCAAAAGUGCUGAACAUGUUAACAGGAAGCUUGAUGGAUCUAACGAUGCCUCCUAAACCAUUUGUUUCGUCACCAGGCCACCUUAUGCCGCGUAUUUAGAGAAUCUUAUUUACAGUGAA